AUGAGUAUGGCCGACCUGAACGCGGCACAGCAAGCCAAGCUGCAGCUGAUGCAGGAGAUGGAAAUUGAAAUGAUGUCGGAUUUGUAUAGUCGCAUGACACAGGCUUGCCAUAAAAAGUGCAUCCCACCAAAGUAUGCCGACUCGGAACUGGGGAAAGGAGAGUCCGUGUGCAUCGACCGAUGUGUGGCAAAGUAUCUGGAGGUACACGAGCGUAUUGGCAAAAAACUAACGGCCAUGUCAGCGCAAGACGAGGACCUGAAAAAGAAGAUGGGCGUGUAGAGGAUAA